CCGAAGGUUUUAUAAAACAACAAAACAUGCUUCAACGGUGAACUCUCUGACGCAUUUUAUCGAACACCUUGUAGGUAUGUGUUGUUUCUCUUUCUUUUUACUAACUCUGCUUCUGCUCAUGUACGCAUAUUGCUUCCUUCGACUCAAACCCACUUCACCCAAUCAUCCUUCACAUAACCACCCUCAAUUUUCUGUUCCAGAAAUCAAUUAGGGUUACAUUAACCAUGUAUAAGUACAAAAACAUCCACCGUUCAUUAUCAUUGCUUUCAAGAACUUAUGAAACAAUAGUUCCAUUUCAACAUGUUAAUCCGUCAAAACCCAUGUUCAAUCACCCAAUUAAACCCGUUAAUUCCCCACUAUUUUUCUGUUCCUCAACUUUAGGACCUUAUGAACAUGAUGAAAUUGAAUUUAGAAACUGUACUGAAACCCUAGGUUUAGUUAAAGAUUCUGUCGAAAAAAUUGAACUUGAAAGAGGGGUUGGAUUGAUAAUGAACAUAAUCGGGCCACCAGGUCGAGAUUAUGCAGCUGUGAGGAACAAUCUUGAACAAUGUAAUGCAUCGGUUUCACCAGAACUGGUAACCGAAAUUCUUUCGCGGGUUAGGAACGAUUGGAAAGCGGCGUUUACGUUCUUUCGGUGGGCCGGGAAACAACCGGGUUACACGCAUUCGUUACGCCAGUACCAUUGCGUGAUCGCGAUAUUGGGUAAAAUGAGACGGUUCAAUGCCGCGUGGGCUUUGGUUAAUGAGAUGAAUAAAAGCGAGAAGUCAAUGGUGAGUCAACAGACAUUGUUGAUCAUGAUCCGAAAGUAUUCCGCUGUUCAUGAUGUGGAUAAGGCUGUCAAGACGUUUAACGCGUUUAAUCGGUUUAAUCUGCAAGCUGGUGUUCAUGAGUUUCAUGAUCUUUUGAUAGCGCUUUGUCGAUGCAAAAACGUUAAAGAAGCGGAGGGUUUGAUGAAGGGUAACAAAGAUGUUUACCCGUUAACGACUAAAAGUUUUAACAUUAUUCUUAACGGAUGGUGUAACGUGGUGUGUAGUCCGCGCGAGGGGCGGAGGAUAUGGUGGGAGAUGUGUAACGAAAGGAUCCCGCGUGAUGUUAUAUCGUAUUCGACGAUCAUAACGUGCUAUUCGAAAUGCAACGAGACGAAAGAAGUGAUCAAGAUUUUCAACGAGUUGAAAGCGUCGGGUGUCAAUCCGGAUAUACGGAUAUAUAACGGUGUGAUUCACGCGUUUUCGAAAUCCGGGCUUGAAAAAGACGCGCGUGAGCUGAUGAACGAAAUGAAAGAAAACGGGAUUCGUCCGAAUGCGAUUACUUACAACUCUAUGAUCAUGCCGUUUUGUAAAAAGGGAAAAACUUCGGACGCAUAUAAGUUGUUCGAUGAAAUGCUGCAAAGAAAGUUGGUGCCUACAGUUCAAACAUACCAAGCUUUUUUUCGUGCGUCAAGAACGUCUAAAGAAGCGUUGUCGAUCUUGCAAAAGAUGAAUGAAAUGGGAUGUUGUAUGGAUCAUGAUACAUACGCGUUGUUGAUCAGAAAGUUGUGUCGAUGGGGUAGGUUUGAGGAAGUGUGGAAGCUAUGGAACGAGAUGAUUAGUAGCGGGCUAGACCAUGAUAGGAGUUCAUAUGUGGCGUUGGUAAACGGGCUUUUUUUGAACGGGAAGUUGGAGGAGGCGUAUAAGUAUCAAGUAGAAAUGAAGUCGAAAGGUUUGUUGCCUGAGCCUGUGAUAGAAGAAACGUUGCAAGCUUGGAUGGCGGCCAAGCAGACCACAGAGCGGUCAAUGGUUGACUCGAAAACCAAAUGUAGUGACGCGUAACCUGAUCUUUAAACUGAACUUUUAUAUUAUAUAUAUAUAUAUAUAUAAUUAUGAUAUUCGAGUUUUUAAAAA